AAAGUCGAAUAGUAAAUGAUUUUGUCAGGUCAAAUAUGGAUCCUACUACACACCAAAACAAAUUAAAUAAUAAUAAAUAAAUAAAACUAGGACCCCUACUCAUAGUUAGUGGGAGCUGUAAUAAAUACAAAAAUAUCAGAGAUAUGCAAUAAUACAACAAGAUCAUGCUACUCUGUUUCUCCAACAAUCCCAACAGAACAUAUACAUAUAUAUACAUAUAGUGCUUGAUCCUGAAAUAGUAGUGAAAUAAAUAAAUGGAGGGCCGAGGACGAAACGACGACGUAGUUGAUGGAAGAAUCCAUUCUGUUGAAGUUCCAAUUCAGAUUCAGAAUCACUUUUCUGUUGAAAUUCCAGACACUGCUCAUCAGAUUAGCCAUGAUUCAUGGUUUCAAGCUGGAUUUGUACUGACAAGUGGGAUAAACAGUGCGUAUGUGUUGGGAUACUCUGCUGCUGUUAUGGUUCCUUUGGGUUGGAUUGGUGGUGUUGUUGGCCUUAUUUUAGCUUCAAUUGUUUCCUUUUAUGCUAACUCUCUUAUCGCCAAACUUCACGAAUUCGGCGGAAAACGCCAUAUUCGAUACCGAGACCUCGCUGGAUUUAUUUACGGUAAGAAAGCUUAUUCUCUUACAUGGGGACUCCAAUAUGUGAACCUGUUUAUGAUCAAUGUCGGGUUUGUCAUUUUAGCCGGUUCUGCUUUUAAGGCGGUGUAUGUUCUUUUCAGACAAGACAAUGCGAUGAAGCUUCCAUACUUUAUUGUUAUAGCCGGGUUCGCAUGUGGUCUCUUUGCAAUUGCGGUACCUCAUUUGUCUGCACUUCGUGUUUGGCUCGGAUUUUCGACUGUUUUUAGUCUCAUUUACAUUGUCGUGGCAUUUUCUCUAGCCCUUAAAGAUGGAAUUGAGGCUCCCCCGAGAGAUUACAGCAUUCCAGGAACAAAAGUAAGCAGGAUUUUUACAACUAUUGGUGCUGCAGCAAGUCUCGUUUUCGCCUUCAAUACCGGGAUGCUCCCGGAAAUACAGGCGACAGUGAGACCACCGGUUGUAGAGAACAUGAUGAAAGGUUUGUAUUUUCAGUUCACAGUCGGAGGUUUGCCUUUGUUUGCCGUUACUUUCAUCGGAUAUUGGGCAUACGGGUCCGACACGUCAGCAUACUUGCUCAACAACGUCAGUGGUCCUGUCUGGCUGAAGACAACCGCUAAUAUUGCAGCUAUCUUGCAGACAAUCAUUUCUUUGCACAUAUUUGCGAGCCCAACGUACGAAUAUUUAGAUACAAAAUAUGGAGUUAAAGGAAGUGCUCUAGCUCCACGCAAUUUGUCUUUCAGGAUAUUAGUGAGAGGCGGUUACAUAGCGGUAACGACGCUUGUGGCGGCGAUGCUGCCGUUUUUGGGGGAUUUUAUGAGCUUAACGGGAGCUAUAAGUACUUUCCCGUUAACGUUCAUUCUGGCGAAUCAUAUGUAUCUUGUCGCUAAGAGAAACAAGCUUACUUCACUGCAAAAGAAGUGGCACUGGCUUAAUGUAUUGUUCUUCAGUUGUCUAUCACUUGCAGCUGCAGUUGCUGCUGUGAGACUCAUUGUUAUGCAUUCUAGUACUUACAAUGUUUUCGCCGAUGUUUAAUUUAUUUAUUUUUUCGGUUAGGUGUUUGUGAUUUUUCAAUUGUAUUAUGAAAGUGAAUGUUUGGUUCCCAUUUUCAAUAAAUAAAUAAAAAGUAUUUGAAA